UGGAAUUUGGACGACGAAAUCGGGUUGCGAAAGUGCCGCGGUUCGAUUUGACGUGUGCUUUGAUUUGUGUCGAUCGACUCGAUCGAUGGCCAUGCUCCGGAGCUCUCGAUCGGCUCUCGUGCGAUUGGCAGGUGCUUGCCGCUUUGGCUCUGGUUCUGCCUCUGGGUCGGCCUCUUCGCGCGGAAUUUCGUCCGUGGUGUCCGAUGACAUCCGCUCUUAUUUCUCUUCGUCGUCCUCGACAAUGUCUCCUGCGGCCGCGUGGCGCAGUUUUUUGUAUCCCCCUGUGAAUCCCUCUGCGGGCGUGGCUUUAACUCCUGCGCCAGCGAUUUUCUGCAUUCGGUCGCGAUCCUAUGCUAAACGACCGAAGAAGUGGCAAGGGGUUCCUCACGCCUUCGUCCAAGUGGAACCUGGAGUCCCAGUGUUGCCGUAUCAACCGAACGAAGGUAGUGUGAAGAACCGAAAGCACAAGAAACGAAUGGCUCAGCGGGACGCGUUCGCCAAGGCGCAGGCCGCGAAACGGAAGGCAGAGACCAAAGCAGCUGUUAUUGCCAGAGAUGCCGCCCGCAGAAAACGAUGGAGAGAGGGCGCUGCGAGGGCUAGAGCUUGGGCAAAAAAGCAAGCCAGUAUGGCUGCGGUAGAGCAAGCUGGACCUGUCACCGCAUAGGUUGCGCAUUUUCCUGAAUGUGAACGGCUGCGAGUGUUUUUGCUUAGAAGUCUGCCCAAAUUUCCCUUCGGAAUCAGCUGCGAGUACUUUUAUCCUUCGAGAAAGAAAGGGUAGAGGUUUUGAGUAUGUCAUCUUGACAAUGGUGUACUGAAAAUGAUUGCUGCACGGUCCACUCGCCCCUUGAUACGUUAAGGCCAACUGCAGAUGAAGUUUCUGCCUGGCCCUCGGGAGAAGUUUUAGAUCAUGAGUGACUGGUUCACAUCUUGCCGAUAGUUACUUGUCGCAGCAUGAGGAAGUCUGUUUCACUCUAGAGCGUUAUUGUUACGAGGUUGUUUAUUUUUCCAGCUCUUUUCAAGAAUGGAGCUCUCUGACGUAUUACAUGGUUUCAUGACGGUUUCGAGCACCAUCCCCGCUAUGUGGCGGAUGUCAGAUCACUCGAAGCAGCACUAUGGCAAUUUCACUUUUAGAGCCCACUGGACUCUGGGCUUCUUUGUGUGUUUUUGCUAGGCAAUUGCGUAGCUGACCGCCCGUUUUCGAGAGCCGCGAGAGAAAAUGCAAGAGUGCUUGGUGUUCAUCCC